GUACUGUUUAUUGAGCUUAGAUAUUGUACUAAGUUGUAUAUCAACUACCUCGACGAUCUAGACUCGAAGAGAGAGUUUAACGUUGACUGCUCUUCGUUUAUUAGCUACUUUAAGACGAUCUAUAGCUCUGAUUGGUAUAGUCGCUACUAUCCCUAUCCCCGUAGUAUUAUAAGGUUCUUCAAAGCUCGUAUAUCUAAGAGGUUGAGGGUGGAGAAGCGUUAG